AUGGCUGACAAUCUGAUUCAAAAGUCACAUAAAACUAGUGAAAAAAACAAGUAUAACAACGUUGUUCAUCGCACUACAAGUGAAUCUCUUCGACUGAACGAGUCAGAGAAGGGAGUGACUCAUCCAACAAGUCUUCAAUCCGCUCAUAACCCAAGGAAAAUAUCUUCCUUUCAGAUCACCAGUGUGACUGUGGGCUCUCGGGUGAGCACUGAUGCUGGAGAAGACUCUGCCGACGAUCUAGACGAAUCUCACACCGAUGACAUUUCAAGGGUGACCGACAUAGAGAAUGAAACACCGAGUUACUCGGAGGACACCUUUUCUAAAGACGAUGUAUUUUACAACGCAUCGAGUGCAUCGCUAGGUUGUGCGCCCGUGAUUCCAACGAGUUCACAAUACGGUCUCGCGAUAGUGGGCCAGGACCCUAACACCGCCCAGACUGGAGGAGUAGUGCCAAAUAGUAAUAACACGGAAGUUAAUGACAUGCAUGUCAGUGUAACUAACGCCGGAACCGGCAGCAUUAUCAACCUUAUAGGUAAUGCUGCAAAACCCCAAGAAGGUAUGAAAGAGAUACAGGAACAUGUUAGAAAUGAAAGAUUCAAAGUCGUGAAAAUAGAAAGUACGGAACCGUUUCGCCGUGGCAGGUGGAUGUGUAUGGAUUACCUAGAUCAUACAACAACCCAACAAAAUACUCCAAUCACAUUAAAUAAUAAUAUUGAUAUAUCUGAAACUGUAAAUUUGCAAGCCCCAGAUAGUGGUGUUGUGAUAAAUGAUAGUCAACAUGAUGAUAUGUGCAAUGACUUAUCUUGUAAAGGGCCUAAAGAUCAAGUAAGUGUACCAGUGCAGCAAAUAGAUCAUAGUGUUCAGAAACAGUUUCCUAUGGCUUCCCCCGGUCAAUCAUUGACUCAGCCAAUAAAUAUAGUUCAACAACAAAUGCCAGUGAAUCAAUCAGUGUCUGUGCAAUCACCGCCUAUGGAGAUGCCACAACAGAUGACUAAUCAGAAUAUACAAACUAAUCAACAAGUGGCACAGCAGCAUCCCCAGAGUAUGACUCAUAUCACCAUGCAGAAUACUGCGCAGGGCCAUCCUCAGCCGACACAACAACAACAAGUCCAGCAAAUUCCUCAGAGCUUCCCCCAGCACCAACUUCAGCAAGUUAUUGCUCAAUCUCAAAAUAUGGCUUUGCAACAAAUUCCUAUGCACCAACAGAUGCCACAACAAAUGCAACAAAUUCCUAAUCAACAAAUGCAGCAAAUCAGUCAACACAUCCCACAAGCUCAGAUUUCUAACAUGCAACUUCAACAGCAAAUACCACAGAUGCAAGGCAUUCCCAAUCAAGGCCAAAUGCCCCAAGUUACUGCACAACAGCAGCAAAUGCAACAAAUUCAAAUGCAGCCUAUGCAGGGGCAACCUAACCCACAAAUGCACCAAAUGCAACAAGCUCAGAUUUCUAAUAUGGGUCAGACCCACCAUAUGCAAGGACAACAGCCUAUGGGACCUCAACAAGCUCAGUUGCAGCAUUUGUCCAAUCAAGCCCAAAUUCAAGCUUUACAGAAUCAACAAAUACCAAACCAUAUUCAGCAAAUGCAAAUUCCAGCACAGCUUGCUGCACCUAACCAACAGAUUUCUCAAAUGCAACAACAAAUGCAUCAAAUAUCAUCACAGCCACAGCAAUCGGUUGUCACAGGAAUGCAUCCGCAAAUGCAACAACAAGGAAUGGCAGUGCCACAACCACAAUACAAUCAAGUAAAUCAACAGCCAAAUACUCAGUCUAUGAUGAGUGCCAAUAUGCCAUCAUCACAACAAACUAUGGUACAACAACAACAUACCGUACCACAAUAUCACACUCAACAAUCACAAAUGAGUCAACAAGGGCAAACAUUGCCACAAGAGGUGCUGAAUAACAUUGUUACAUCACAGCAAGGUGCCACUUUACCCUCUAAUCUCCAACCAAUGGUCACCCAACCACAAGGAUCUACACUACCUGCGAAUCUCCAAAGCUUAGCUAGUCAGCAGCAAGCUCCAGUUCACACUAUGGCGCAACAACAAAAUGUGCCUCAAGGAAAUAUUCAAAUGAUGACUGCAGCCCCACAAAAUAUACAAAUGACUCUAGAAAAUCAACCUAACAUGCAGAUGCCUGCUUCAGAUCCAAUAUUUAUGCAACAAGGUGUCGCUCAACAAUUGCCCACCCAUAUGACCCAACCGCAGAAUAUAAUGCAACAGCAAGUGCCAGGGCAGCAAAUGGGAGGAGUACAAUAUGUUCCUAACCAGCCAGUGCCUCAAGUAACUAUGGGUCACCAAAACAUUCCAAUGUCUAUGCAGCAGAGCAUGCCAGUUGGAAUGGGUGGACCAGUCCACUCAAAUGUUGGGCAGGCGCAGACUAACAUGGGGCUAACGUAUGGGGGUGUUGUGCCUGUGAUGUCUCAGAGCAGUGUCGCGCCGGUCGAGACAGUGUCAGGAACUAAUUCGCCAGUUGUGUCAAUGCCCGCGAGUUCUACAGCAUAUGUAGCUAGUGCUGCCCAACCGGGGCUUGAUAGUCAGGGUUUUGGUAGCCCUGUGAGUGUAGUGUCGCAUGCCGUAAGUGGUGCAGUGAUGAGCAAUGUGAAUGUGUGUGAAAGUGGUGCUCCGGAUGUUACUUCGGAUGGUAUGCAGGCAGCUGAUGCAGGCGAUGGUAAAGAGGAUGCCCACACUGCUCCUGCUCCUGAAGAUGAAAGGUAA